ACAGGGAAGGCACUACUCAACUAUGUGAACUUCUCCUCAAACUGUUAUAACGUACAAAUAACCCCGAGACAGGGGGUUGCAAGUUUCAGAAAUGAUUGGAGAUAUAGAAACAGAUUUGUUGGCUUCGGCUGGAAAGGACUUCCGAACCAGACUGCAGAAGUUUGUGGAGGAACAGAUGCAGACGACAAUGCUGACAGGAGUGCUGAUUGGCGCUGUUGUGGCAGUCUCACUGAUUGGCAUCGCUGUCCUCUUCCUCUAUCGGAGAUACAAACUAGCAAGUGGUCAGCCGCCUGGAACCCCUCGCUACCGCUUCAGGAAAAGGGAUAAGGUGAUGUUCUACGGGAGGAAGAUCAUGAGGAAGGUCCAGACUCUGUCUUCGACCCCGGGGCCGACCUCCAUGUCUAAGCAGAGGCCACGCAAGAGGCCCAAGGUCCUCAGCAUUGCUCGCAGGAUCCUGCGUAUCAAAAAGGAGCCCCCCACCCUGCAGCCCAAGGAGCCCCCUCCCUCCCUGCUGGAGGCCGACCUCACCGAGUUCGAUGUGCAGAACUCCAACCUACCCUCCGAAGUGCUCUACAUGCUCAAGAACGUCAGGGUGCUGGGCCACUUUGAGAAGCCGCUGUUCCUGGAGCUGUGUCGCCACAUGGUAUUUGUGGAGCUCCAGGAGGGCGAGGGGCUGUUUCGGCCCGGAGAUGACGACGACAGCAUCUACGUCGUCCAAGAUGGCCGCCUGGAGCUCUGCAUCCUUGAGAAUGAUGGCACUGAGGCGGUGGUGAAGGAUGUCCACCCAGGAGAUAGUGUACACAGUCUACUCAGCAUCCUGGACAUCAUCACAGGCUACCCAGCUCCAUAUAAAACGGUGUCCGCCCGCGCUGCCUCCCGCUCCACCAUCCUGCGCCUGCCCGCCUCGGCCUUCCAGUCCGUCUUCAAGAAGUACCCCGAGACCCUGGUCAGGGUCAUACAGAUUAUCAUGGUGCGUCUACAGAGGGUCACCUUCUUGGCUCUGCACAACUACCUGGGGCUAACCACAGAGCUCUUCAACCCAGAGAGGCAGGCGGUGCCCCUGACGGCGGUAGCCAGUGUGUUGGGAGAGAGCAGUCCGGCCCGGAUACCUCGCCGAACACACUUCCAAACCUCCCAGGAUGAGGACAGCGCGGCCGGCCUCUCAGAGUCUCCAUCAGACACAGACUCGGGUAAGGCAGGAGGACUGGGGGACCAUGCAGCCUCAUAUAGCCAGCGCAGGAUCCGCUCCCUCUCCACUGAAGCAGCAGGCUGGCCUAACUCUACGACACACUACAGGAAUGCAGGAAAUGACAUGAAUAUGGCGUAUGAGCGAGCACGGGUAAAUGUGGAAGACAUGCCAUCCAGCCCAGUCAUCCAUAAGUCCAUCCUGAAGAAGAGUGUGACCAUGCAGCACACCCCGUCUGCAGUCUUCCACUACAGCGAGAGCGGCGGCUGCCCUGACGUGCACCCCAGCAAGGUGGGGGCCAUCUUCCAGGCUGCCAAGAGGGACCUCCUGGGCAUCAUUCAACUGCAGGACCCGAGUCUUCUGGAAGGCAGGGUGACUCUACAUCAGGUCAAAGCAGGGUCUGUGGUGGCACGACAGGGAGACCAGGAAGUGAGUGUGCAGUUUGUCAUCUCAGGGUUGCUGCAUGUGUACCAGCGGAUGAUCGACCGUGAGGAGGACACGUGUCUGUUCGUGACGCACCCUGGGGAGCUGGUGGGCCAGCUGGCUGUGCUGACGGGGGAGCCGCUCAUCUUCACAGUCAAGGCCCUGAGAGACUGCAGCUUCCUCUCCAUCUCCAAAACACACUUCUACGAGAUCAUGCGUGCGGAGCCCACGGUGGUGUUGAACGUGGCCCACACGGUGGUGCGCAGGAUGUCCUCCUUCGUCAGGCAGAUCGACUUCGCCCUCGACUGGAUGGCCGUGGAGGCAGGAAGAGCUGUCUACAGGCAGGACGAUCGGUCUGACAGCACCUUCAUAGUGCUGAGCGGACGGCUGCGCUCCGUCAUCCUGAAGGAGGACGGCAAGAAGGAGCUGACGGGGGAGUACGGACGAGGAGACCUCAUAGGAGUGGUGGAGGCCCUGACUCAUCAGAAUCGAGCCACUACGGUGCAUGCUGUGCGGGACUCUGAGCUGGCCAAGCUGCCAGAAGGAGCACUGAGCUCCAUCAAGAGGAAGUUCCCCCAGGUGGUCACUCGCCUCAUCCAUUUAUUAGGCCAGAAGAUCCUCCAGCAAGUCAAUGGACCUUUAUCAGCCCGCAGCCUGGCGCUGCACACCCCGGGCAGCAAGUGGGACACGGGGAACCCUGCUGCCAACCUGUCCACUGUCACCGUGCUGCCCGUCUCAGAGGACGUGCCCCUCACCGCAUUCACCCUCGAGCUGCAACACGCCCUCAUCUCUAUUGGACCAACACUUCUCUUAACCAGUGACAUCAUCAAACAGCGCCUGGGGUCUGCAGCCCUGGACAGUGUCCAUGAGUACCGGCUGUCCAGCUGGCUGGGUCAGCAGGAGGAUCUGCACCGCAUCGUGCUGUACCAGACCGACUCCACGCUCACGCCCUGGACGCAGCGCUGCAUACGCCAGGCCGACUGCAUCAUCAUCGUGGGGCUCGGGGAGCAGGAGCCCACCGUGGGGGAGCUGGAGCGCAUGUUGGAGGGCAGUGCGGUGCGUGCCCAGAAGCAGCUGGUCCUGCUGCACCGUGAGGACGGGCCGCCGCCCAAGGGCACCGUGGAGUGGCUCAAUAUGAGAAGCUGGAUCUCCAGACACCUGCACCUCUCCUGCCCACGCCGCGUCUUCUCCAAGAGGAGCCUGCCCAAACUGCAAGAGAUGUACCAGCGUGUGUUCCAGAAGCCAGCAGACCGUCACUCGGACUUCUCCCGACUGGCUCGCAUUCUCACAGGCAACGCCAUCGCACUGGUGCUAGGGGGAGGGGGAGCCAGGGGUUGUUCCCAGGUGGGUAUCCUGCGUGCCCUGAGUGAGGCGGGCAUCCCUGUGGACCUGCUGGGGGGCACCUCCAUUGGAUCCAUGAUGGGGGCGCUCUACGCAGAGGACCGCAGCCACAGCCGCCUACGCAUACGCGCACGGGAGUGGGCCAUGGAGAUGACCUCGGUCUUCAAGAAGGUUCUGGAUCUGACCUACCCCAUCACCUCCAUGUUCUCCGGAGCUGCCUUCAACUCCAGCAUCAGCACCGUCUUCAAAGGCAAGCAGAUCGAGGAUCUGUGGAUUCCGUACUUCAACAUCACCACUGACAUCACCAACUCGACCAUGAGAGUGCACACAGAUGGCUCUCUGUGGAGGUAUGUGCGUGCCAGCAUGUCUCUGUCUGGCUACCUACCCCCGCUGUGUGACCCCAAAGAUGGCCACUUGCUGAUGGACGGAGGCUACAUCAACAACCUGCCAGCUGACGUGGCGCGCUCCAUGGGUGCUAAGGUGGUGAUUGCCAUAGACGUGGGCAGCCAGGACGAGACCAACCUCACCAACUACGGGGAUGCUCUCUCGGGCUGGUGGCUUCUGUGGAAGCGCCUCAACCCCCUCGCAGAGAAAGUCAAGGUGUUGAACAUGGGGGAGAUCCAGACUCGCUUGGCGUACGUGUGCUGCGUGCGGCAGCUGGAGUCUGUGAAGAGCAGCGACUACUGCGAGUACAUCCGGCCGCCCAUCGACCGCUACCGCACGCUCGAGUUCGCCAAGUUCGACGAGAUCGCAGAGGUGGGCUACCAGCAUGGUAAGACGGUGUUUGACGUGUGGUGUCGUAGUGGAGUGGUGGACAAGAUGAUGAGAGAUUGGCACCAGGAAGAGUUCCACAACACACAGACCAACGUUUUGACCUGUCCUAACGCCUCCUUCACUGACCUGGCUGAGAUCGUCUCUCGCAUUGAGCCGGUCAAAUCAGCGAUAGUGGACGAGGAGUCUGACUACCCUACUGACUACGAGGAGGACCUGGUUGAGAGCGCCCUGUCGGACCUGGAGUUGGCUGGUCGCCUUAGUGAUCCCAAUGAGGAGGAGGUAGCCGACACGGAUGAAGAGUUGGAGCCCCUGCGUCCCCCUUACCUCUCGUCUCCCCCCGUGGAGAACGUGGGGCCCUCCACUGCAUUGCUCGGCCCUGCUGACCGCACCUCUCCUCCUGGCCUACGCGCCCGCAAGCCCAACGGACCCUGAGUGUAGACACACACCCACACACACACACACACACAUACACACAGACACACACACACACACACACACA